UAGGCGGAGUUUAGGACCCAGCGGUCGCCCAGUACAAUAGUGCUGUUGUGUCGUGGUGAGAGGGUGAUUGCUGCUUUUGGGAUAUUGACAGUGGGACAGAAAAGAAAUAAGAAAUAUACGCGUGUUUUCCGCCUCUAUAGACUGCUGAUUUAAAACACCUUUGCAGAGUCCAUCGCUUUGUGCGAUCGUCCCGUAACGGUGGAUUUUUGGAUGUGAGGCAUGAGCGGACGACAGAAAACGCACGGCGGAUGAACACAGUAGCAUGCAAUUUAUGGAUACGUCAGGAUGAAACGACUCAGGGCUUCAAGCAGCAGUGACAGUUCAGACAAUGAGAGUCCCUCAACGUCCUUCUCCUCUAACAAGUAUGGGAGCAAACCAGGCACCCCCGCCUCUGCUCAGAAGAAACCGGCAGAGGUGUUCAGAAAAGACCUGAUCAGCGCGAUGAAGCUGCCAGACUCGCAUCAUGUGUCUCCAGAGGAUUAUUACUUGCUGGCUGAUACCUGGAAGCAGGAAUGGGAAAAAGGGGUGCAGGUGCUCGCUAGUCCAGAUACCAUCCCUCAGCCUUUAGUGAGGAUAAUAGCAGAGAAGCCAAAGGAGGUCCUCUUUAGUAAACCAAGAAAGUUUAUCCAGUGCUGGAGUCAGGACUCUACGGAGACGGGCUAUGUCAACAUCAAGGAGCUGGCAGAGGCUAUGUGCAGAUACGAUCUAGAUGAUAUAGAUCUAUACUGGCUCCAGAAGCUUAAUGAAGAGCUUCUGCAAAUGGGUGAUGGGCCAUUGGAUGAGUUUACAGUGGAGCGGGUAAUGGAGGCUCUGGAGAGGCAGUGCCAUGACAACAUGAACCACGCUAUUGAGACGGAGGAGGGUUUGGGAAUAGAGUACGAUGAGGACGUUAUAUGCGAUGUGUGUCGCUCGCCCGACAGCGAGGAGGGGAAUGACAUGGUCUUUUGUGACAAAUGCAACAUUUGUGUGCACCAGGCUUGCUAUGGCAUUGUGAAAGUGCCGGAUGGAAACUGGCUGUGCAGAACUUGUGUGCUUGGCAUCAAUCCUCAGUGCCUUCUAUGUCCCAAAAGUGGGGGCGCAAUGAAGGCCACCAGGGCGGGCACCAAAUGGGCUCACGUGAGCUGUGCGCUUUGGAUACCGGAAGUGAGCAUUGCAUGUCCGGAAAGGAUGGAACCCAUCACCAAAGUGUCUCAUAUACCCCCCGGUCGAUGGUCACUCAUCUGUAGUCUUUGUAAAAUCAAGACAGGAGCCUGCAUACAGUGCUCUGUCAAAAACUGCACCAUCCCUUUCCACGUCACCUGCGCUUUCGAGCACAACCUGGAGAUGAAGACCAUCCUAGAUGAAGGAGACGAGGUCAAGUUCAAAUCCUACUGCCUGAAGCAUAGCAAACCCAAAACUGGAGAACCAGGUUUGAGUCCGGCCCGACACAAACCUCCGACCGAUACUGAGAAACUGGGCCUGAGGGCUCAGAAGCUUCAGGAGCUGGAGGAGGAGUUCUACACGCUCGUGCAUCCUGAAGAAGUGGCACAGGACCUGGGACUGCCUUUCCAUCUGCUGGAUUUCAUCUUUCAGUACUGGAAGAUAAAGAGGAAAAGUAACUUUAACAAAGCUUUGCUGCCACCUAAAGACGAUGAAGAAAACCUUUUGCUGCAGCCGCAGGAGGACAGCAUUCACACACGCAUGCGCAUGUUCAUGCACCUGCGCCAGGACCUGGAGCGGGUGAGGAACUUGUGCUACAUGGUGAGUCGAAGAGAAAAACUAAAGCUGUCUCAAAGUAAAGCUCAGGAGCAGAUCUUCAAUCUUCACGUCAAGCUCAUCAACCAAGAGUUGUCUGCAGGGCUUCCAGUAUCGAGUUCUUUAGAGAACCUGCUGUUCCCCCCUCCUCCCAGGAUAACCUUAAAACUCAAAAUGCCCAAAGUGUCACUUGGUAAAACCAACUCCAAAUCUGGUAAUGGACCUUUAUGCCCAGAUAACAGCGUUAAUGUGUACGACAGCAUCGAGGGAGGCGUCGGUCAGGGAAAACCGCAGCUCCAUCAGAGUCGGACAGAGGAGCGUGCCAACGGUCUCAUCCCUACUUCCAUCUACAUCCGACGAGACGGUGGGACUCCGCCGUUGGCCGUGAAGCAGACGGGCAAACCCCUUGCACUGCACGCUGCCCUCCACGGUCAGUCGUCUAACGGCAAAGUUAAAAGCGAGACGGGCAAACCCCUUGCUCUGCACGCUGCCCUUCACGGUCAGUCGUCUAACGGCAAAGUUAAAAGCGAACAGGAGAAAUCCCGUCAACCAAAACCCAAUGGCAUUAUUGAGAAGCCUGUGCUUCAAAGAGACACUUCCUGCCAGGUGUCUACCGAGCAGGAAACUCGUACUGAGAUUCCGGGGAAAAUUCAAAUGGGUGGAUUCCACAAAACCUCCCUUGAGCACUUCAGCAAAUCCCUCAAAGAGGCCACUGUCAGUUUAGUUCGGACUGACGACCUCCGGGCUUUCGAGAAGAACGCACGCAAGGCGGCCGGCUUCACCAAACCGGUUUCCGGUGAGCGGCCGCUAGGGGGCAGCAGAAGGUAUCAGGAGAGCGAUGGUUACUGCCCUGAUGCGGAGCUCAGUGACUCUGAGCCCGAGGCUAAGAGGAGGUCUCGGCCGGGAAGUAGAGGGCAUAAACAGAAAACCCCAGCCGGCAACUUAGUCAAGUCAUCCAGUCGAACAAAACUGUCUUUUGGCUCUAGGACAUCGUCAGUGCAAAGGUGACAUCUCCAAAAGCAUUGAAAUGUCAAACACACUGCCGCAUAUUACCGUAAACACUCCGGUAAUCCUAAUUCCAGUCUCGCCCUCUGGAAAAUAGUUUUCCUCUGUUGAGGAUUAGGCGACGGUCAUCUGAUGGAGCAGAUACAAACCAGAGCUCAGCCUUUAUAUGUGAGCAGUGUAGAUUCACUUUUCACAGAAAAGGAGUGCCAAACAAAUCUCUCCUGUCUAUUGGCACAGAUUCAUCUGUUUUCUUGAUGGGUCUCACUGUGUCUACCUUCCAGCUCAGUGUUUCUGUAAAACUCAGUAAUGGAGCAUACACUAUAUUAACUUGGUCUUGUACAGUACAGUACAGUACAGGUUUUAUGGGUCUUGAAGCAGUGUUUCUGUACUAAAUGUAAAAAAAAGAACCUCAGUUUUUAGACUGUACAUAGUAGUUUGUGUUAAGACGUGGAUCACAUUGAGAAGAUUUUCCACUUGCAAAAACAUUACUUUCUUACUGAUAUGGUUAUGCAAAUAAAUAAAAACCUGAGAACUCUGUGACAAA